AUAUCUUUUUACGACAUAAAAAGAUAAAAUUUCCAAAGGGUUCCUCUAUGCAAUGUUUAAUGUUCAUAUCGAGGUAUUCUCUAUCAUUGGUUGAUCGGUGCUGUGCCAUGUGAUCACUGAUCAGUAUUCAGUAUUCAGUGUGAUUUAAAGUUAGAAGAAGUUUGUGUUGUUGUGGCCGUGUUCGAUCUGAAAUUUUAGGUUAACAUUGCAGUUUAUCAUAUUUUUAGGGGAACAUUAUAUUAGGUAUCCUAACUAUGGAAGACGAAAAAUACGACUUCAGUGACAUUUUUCUUGAUCUAGAUAGUUCUAACAAAACAAAUGACGUAUCAGAAUUAUUGAAGAACAGUGUAAUUAAACCUGGUUUCGAACAACAUCAACACAUAGCAAACUUCAAUAAAAGUACAAGGAAAUUAAAAAUAGAGAGAAAGAUGGAGCGAGAAAAAACUAGAGGACCUCAGUGGUUUAACCUACCAGCAACGUCAGUAACACCAGAGGUUGAAAAUGACUUAAAAAUUAUUCAGAUGAGAUCUGUUUUAGAUUCUAAACACUUUUACAAGAAAAACGACUUGAAAGUCUUGCCAAAAUAUUUUGAGUCUGCUUCAUGCCAAGCUGCUCGUGGAUGCAUGAUCAGGAGCGCACUCGCCCUUCCCCCACCAACGGCAGUCUCCUUACCUGGUCUUCUCCUCCAGCCCCUCAAUUAGUUCCUCUCUAGCAUCACUCUGCACUUGAUGUCUACAUUCUCACCUCUAUCAUAACCAAACAAAUAAUGUACAAGGCUAGUCUCACUGAGUCUUGCUUGUGUUAAGCUGAACACGCUAAUUUAAUUGCAUUCUGAAUAAAGAUAUAUGUAUAAAAUGUUA